UCUCCACGUAAAAAUCAGAAGCUAAAACCCUCUCCCCUCUCUCUCUCUCGCGCAUCGUUGCGCGUUUUGCUGUGCAUUCUGGAUCGCGUUUUCACUGCGAAAUUCGGAAAUGGAAGCGAAGAUCGGGCGGUUCUUCGAUUCGGUGGGCGGCUUCUUCAAGGGCGAGGAUCAGAUCCCCUGGUGCGACCGCGACAUCAUCGUCGGCUGUGAGAGAGAUGUUGCAGAAGCUGCCAAUGGUGGUUCUGAUGAGCUCAAAAGCGAAAGCAUAAUGAGGUUAUCAUGGGCCCUCGUUCAUUCUAGACAACCAGAAGAUGUGCAGCGAGGGAUAGCCAUGCUUGAAGCUUCCUUAGCCAACACGAAUACCCCUUUACAACAGAGAGAGAAGCUGUAUCUUCUGGCUGUUGGAUAUUACAGAAGUGGUCAGUAUUCCAAAAGCUUGCAGUUUGUACAGCAAUGUUUGGAAAUUGUACCUGAUUGGAGGCAAGCGUUGACACUCAAAAAGACUGUUGAAAGUCGAAUCACUAAGGAUGGUGUAAUCGGAAUAGGCAUCACGGCAACUGCUGUCGGACUUCUAGCAGGCGGUGUCGCAGCAGCAUUGGCUCGCAAGAAAUGAUAAAUCCAAUGUAUCUGUGGAAUUUUCAGCUGGGAAAAUAGUCUCUGUGUUACCUGGAUACUGAAACUGGGUUAUUGUUGCUCUUUUUAAGUUUUUUACUGAAGCAUUUUGAAACGAGAUUUGGAUGCUCCAGAGCUUGUGUAUAUGCUCCAAAACCUUUUUGCAAGAGUGUCUCAGUCUCCAUCGUUAGAGUUACUUGAAGUAAUUAAUAACUGCUUUUAUGCAAAGCCUUAAUCAAGUAGAAAAUUUGAGAA